UGGUGUCCGUCCGCAGCGCCUGACCCUGCGGCCACGGGGUGGCGCUGCCCCCCGCACAGCCCUGCGUGGCAAUGGCCGUUGUCAUCCUGGUGGCCAUCCCCAUCCCCAUGCCGGUGACCAAGACCACACUGCUGGCCAUCCCAAUCCCCAUGCUGGUGGCAUGGUGCUACCCCAUAGCAUUGCCCCGUAGCACUGUUCCAUAAUGUCACCCUAGAGCACUAUGCAUAGCACUGCCCCAUAGCAUCACCCCAGAACGCUGCUCCAUGUCACCCCUUAGCAUCAACCGAUACCAUUUUCCCAUAAUGUCACCCCAUAGCACUGCCCCGUAGCGGUGCUCCAUUGCGUCACCCCGCUGCACCACCCAAAACUGUCACUCCGUAGCAUCACCCCAUAGCAUCACCCCAUACAAUCACCAUAUAGUGCUGCAUUAUAGUGCAUCCCCAUGGCAUCACCCCAGAGUGCCGUCCCAUACUGCUGUCCCAUACAUCACACCACAGCGUCGCCUCAUAGCAUCACCCCAUAGUGCUGCACAAUAGCAUCACCCUGUAGCAUCACAACAUAGCACUGCCCCAUGGCACUGUCCUGCAGUGUCACCCCAUAUUGUCACCCCAAAGUGCUGCCCCACAGUAUCAUCCCAUAGUGUCACCCUGUAGUGUCACUCCUAGGGCUAGGAGUUAUGGGGUUAGGGUUACGGUUACGGUUAGGGUUAGGGUUAGGGUUAAGAUUAGGGUUGGGGUUGGGAUUAUGGUUAGGGUUAACACUGGGGUUGGGGUUGGGGCUGUUUUUUGGAAUUGGUUAGGGAUAAGAUCUGUCAGGCUUAGGGUUUGGAUAACCUGAAGAGUAAGAAGGAAAUGCACAGGCAGUGCAAUCAGGGACCGGUACUGUGGGAAGAAUCGUAGAAUCACUCAGGUUGGAAAAGACCUCAAAGAUCAUCGAGUCCAACCACAAUCUAACCAUACUACCCGAAGGAAGCCACCAAUCUGUGUAUCCUUCUGGACAAAAUGCCCAGCACACAGCUGGACAAAAACAGAAUGCAGUGGGUGGCAAAUGGCUGAUGGACUGGGCCCCAAGGGUUAUGGUAGGUGGGGUUUCCAUCCGGCUGGCAGCCGGUCACUGGCGGGGUUCCCCAAGGCUCCGUUUUAGGGCCAGUUCUCUUUCCUAUUUUCAUCAAUGCCUUGCAUGUAGGAACAGAAGGUGUUUUGCGCAAGAUUGCUGUCAGUACUGGACGGGGAGGAGUUGUUGGCUCCUGUCGCUGAGGGUGGAGAGAGAGGCCUUGCAGGGAGAUCCAGCCAAACGGGAGAGAGCUGGGCGACCACCAAGCACACGGAGUUUAACAAGACCAUCAGGAAAAACGUCUUGACAGAAAGGGUUGUUAAGCACUGGGAUGGGCUGCCCAGGGAGGUGGUUGAGUCACCAUCCCUGAAUGUGUUUAAAAGCCGUUUGGAUGUGAUGCUCAGGGACGUGAUUUAGCAGAGGGUUGUUUGAGUUACGGUAGUAUGGUUAGGUUGCGGCUGGACUCGAUCGUCUUUAAGGUCUUUUCCAACCUGAGCACUUCUAUGAUUCUAUGACUCUAAGAGCAAGUGCCAUAUUCUACACCCGGGAAAGGGCAACCCCGGCUGUACGUACAGACAGGAGUUGCAUGUCUUGUGAUUGGACAGAAAUCUCCCCAGCCUAAGCCAGGAACGGAUCUGUACUGGGGAUGCGGAGAAAGGGGUCUUGAUUUUGACAAGUUGCCUCUGGAAAAUUAAUUUUAUCAUUAGAUAUUUGGCAUUACAAGAACAGAGACAGCCUUCAACACAUCUGACGAGGGAGGAACAGCACUCACACAAACAACAAGCAAGCCACCAGAAACAAGCAGAGCAAAAACACUCUGGGAAACCAAAUACAAAUCUAUUUUCAAGAGAAUCUUUAGCUUCUUGCCGUAGGAGCUGAUGGAGCCUCCCAUCACUUGAAUUGUGGAGGCCACUUCAGAAAUUCUAUGUCAAUCAGGUCCAACGCUGAAGUACAACUAUAGGAGUCCAUGUUCCAAAUUCUUGAAAACCCGGUUACGGAUGUCAGCUGUGGAUGCCCCAUCCCUGGAGGCAUUCAAGGCCAGGCUGGAUGUGGCUCUGGGCAGCCUGGUCUACUGGUUGGCGACCCUGCACAUGGCCGGGGGGCUGAAACCAGAUGAUCUUUGAGGUCCUUCUCAACCCCCCUGCCACCCUAUGAUUCUGUGAGACAAGCCGGUGUCGAGGAAGCCCCUAGCCAGGAAGAAGUCCAGUGCAAAGGGAAAAGGACUGCUAGGGGGCCAGGGGCUCACUGUGUUUUAGAGACCGAGAGAUGUGAAGCUUGGAGAUGCCCUUGCAAAUAAAAUCAUUUACGCAGGGAGACCUGCAAACGAGAUGCCUUUGCUAACCAGAGACUUGGGAAUGAGGUGCCCUUGCUUGCAAGUACGUUCCUUUCCCCUCUGUCUGUACGUUCUCACCAGGUAAGAUCUCAGUUACAAAAGCCUGUAGACAACUUGGACUUAAGAACUUUGGACGUGCUGUGCAGGCCUGAUAGGUCACACAGAAGGGGGAACGUUACGGGCACCGGGAAGCCUGUAACCUCCACGUACUUGAGCCAACGAGGAAAGAAGGAAGGGACAAUGCGAACGGGAAGACAGGAUAAAAGGGAUUCUUUCCCAUCCUUGGUGAGACCCACAGGUGUGAGGUGAGACCUCCCUUUCUUUCAAUCAAGAAAGCUAAAGCCUCUCCUCCGACUCUUUUGGGGAUAAAGAUAAUUGAGCAAGCCCAUCAGAGCCCAAUUUUCCCACAGAGCCCGGGAAAUUUGGGAAUUGGCUGAUGUGGUUGCCAAGCCGCUCUCCAUGAUACGAGAAAAGUCGUGGCGCUCAGGUGAAGUCCCUGGUGACUGGAAAAAAGGCAACACCACACCCAUUUCUACAAAGGGUAAACAGUAUGGCCCCGGGAACUACCGGCCUGUCACUCUAACCUCUGGCCUGGGGAGGAUCACAGAGCAGAUCCUCCAAGAAGCAAUGCUAAGGCACACGGAAGGCAGGGAGCUGAUACGGGAGAACCAGCAUGGCUUCUGCCCAACCAAGGGCAAAUCCUGCUUGACCAACCUGGUGGGUGGGCUUCCGUGAUGGUGUCACUGCAUCAGUGGACAAGGGAGAGCCACUGAUGUCCUCCAUCUGCAUUAAAGUAAGGCCUUCGACACGGUCCCCCACAACAUCCUUCUCUCCAAAUUGGAAAGAGGUGGAUUUGACGGGUGGGCUGUUUGAUGGAUGAAGGACUGGCUGCAGGAUGGAGUCCAGAGAGUGGUGGUCAGCGGCUCCAUGUCUGGAUGGAGAUCGGCGUCCCACAGUGCUGGCAGCGAUUUGAGGAUGACACCAAGCUGUAAGGUGCGGGGACACACCAGAGGGAUGGGAUGCCACCCAGAGGGAGCUGUGCAGGCUGAGCAGAUGGCCCAGGUGAACCUCAUGAGGUUCAACAAAUCCAAGAGCAAGGUCUUGCGCCUGGGUCGAGGCAACCCCCACUACCAGUAUGAGCUGGGGGUGAAAGGACUGAGAGCAGCCCUGCAGAAAGACACCUGGGGAUACAGGUGGGUGGGAAAGUGGACAUCAGUCAGCACUGUGCCUUCACAGCCCAGAAAGCCAACCGUAUCCUGGGCUGCAUUCCAAGCAGCACGGCCAGCAGGGCAAGAGAGGUGAUCCCGCCCCUCUACCCUGCGCUGCUGAGGCCUCACCUGGAGCACUGUGUCCAGAUGUGGAGUCCUCAGCACAGGACAGACAUGGAGCUGUUGCAGCGCGCCCAGAGGACGGCCACAAAAAGGAUCCCAGGAACGGAACAGCUCUCCUGCAAGGACAGAGCUGGGGCUGAGAGAGCUGGGACUGUGCAGCCUGGAGGGGAGGAGGCUGCGAGGUCACCUGAGAGCAGCCUUCAGCGUUCAAAGGGGAGAGACAGGAAAGAAUAGCACAGACUCUGUAGCAGACUCUGUGGCGAUACAACAAGGGGAAAUGGCUUCGAGCUCAGGGAGGGCGCGUUUCGUUUGGAUGUAAGGAAAAAAUCUUCUUUUCCUUAGGGAAGGUGGAGAGGCACUGGAACGUGUUACCUAGUGUUGAGGUGGAUGCCCCGUCCCUGGAGACUUUCAAGGUGAGGCUGGACCAGGCCCUGUGCGUUGCAGGGGAGCUGGGCUACGUGGCCACGAUGGAGUCACCACGGCGACACAGAGGAACAAUGCCGGGUAAUGGAUGGAGCUUUCUGACAAGGAAUCGGCUCGUUCCAGGCAAAGCCGGGCAACUUUCAAAACAACAAAUCAUAACCGUUACGGUAAAGGGUACUUUGGAACAGUUGUGAUUUCCGCGCCAACUGCCUGAAGAUCAAUGUAGGCAACGGCUACUAAAGAGAAAUGAGGAACGCAAUCCUGAGAGGAAAGAAAAGAAGAGAGAGAAAACAGAAAGGUGCCAGCACUCCCGCUCGGGGCGGGCAGCAGGCCGCUGUCCUGCGUCAUAAUGGGCCACGGCCAGCACUGGCCACGCUGUCACCGCGUCGCCACGGCAACGUUUGUGACACGGCCACCCGGGAGGGGUAUAAAGGCGGUGCACGGUGGUGGGUCCUGCACCCUGAAGGAGCAUCUGGACGAGAGCAGACGCAUCUGAAGGGAUGAGCUCCGGCAUGGCUGGCGCCAACACGGAGCAACCCGCUGGCACGAGGCGGAACAGGACGAGCGAGGCCGGCCCCGCAGCGAGGCGUGCCUCCAGAGCGACAGACACCAACACCGAAGAGCGAGUUGCCGUCUGGGAUGCGGUGGCCGCCUACGUACAGGAGCACCUCCUGGUGCAGAAGGGGGUCUGGAUUCCCACCUUCGGCUCAUUCGACACCAUCUCUAAGGACAUCAGGACUGCGGACGGGACCGCGACUCUGCGGUGGCCCGUGUUUCAGCUGGCCAGGAACCUCAGAGCCAUGCACCACCUCGGGUCCGACAAGGACUCCCUGCCAGCCCACAGGGAGGUGGAGACCCUGAAAUACAGCGAGGUGGCUGCCGCUGCCUCUGUGACCUGGCAGAGAGGGAAGACCUGCAUCCAAAGCACCGUGUCCCUCCUCUCCAACUGCCUCAAGAAUGGGGAGAACGUUGCCUUUGUCCUGAAGGACGUAGGAGUGCUCCUCUUUGAAGGCAUGAGCUUUGGAAUUAAAUACUACUACGACUUCCUUGAGAAGCUCUCUGGGAAGGAGAAAUUCAGAAAAGCUGUCUUCAAGGCCCCCUGGCUGCUGGACACGCUGGUGUCCCGGGUGGCACCGGUGGCCUCCCUGACGCACUCUGGCCGCCUCGUCGUCUUUCCCAUGUUUCAGAAGCAGGUUGCACCCAAACCACCUCCCAAGAUAUUCCGCAAGGCCUCCAGAGAUCUCCAUGGUGAGGGGAAGCAAAAGAAAGAAGGGGCUUUGCCACCUCUUGUCCGGGGCAAGAAAGUGAGGUUUGAUGAAGUGCCAACCUACAUCAGACGCUUCAGCAUGGCAAGUACUGCUGGACAAAGCUCGGGAAGCAGAAGAAGCUUACAGCAGAAGGAGAGCUUUUCGUCCAGUCCGCUGCCGGCGGUCCCGAGAACAUCUGAAGCCCGCGAGCAGCCAGUGAGCCGGCAGCUGCAGGGCCAGGCAGGAAACGAAGGCCAAGAACACCUGGGCCAAACAACAGGAAAAAAACACGUCAGGUUCCGCGGAGAUGAACAAGGAGCGGGACAGGACCAUGAGGCUGGAGCGGCGGCCAUGUGGAAAGCAAAGGCCUCGCACCCUCAGGUUGCCGGGAGGCAGGUGGCAUCUCGCAUCAAAGAAAGGAGAUGUUCAUUAAGGGCUGAGUCCAGCCUGUCCAGGGACACCAAAGGCCACGCAUCCCGGCCGCCGUUACUGCCACGUGACUCUGUCAAACUACUCAGGCAGAGGCAGAUGGCUAAGGAGGACAGGCCAGCGCAGGCAGAACCUCGGGAGAUGGCAGCAUCACCGUUUCACCGUGAGUGCAGCCUGCCCGAGGAGCCCUCCACCUGCAGAUCUGGUUCGCUGCCACCCAUACGCAACAGACCAGAGUCUCCCAGGAGUCCGCCUCCAAGGACCACAGCCCCGCGCCGCAGGCCGCCAACACCCUACCCGUUUCUGCCACGUGACUCUGUCAAACUACUCAGGCAGAGGCAGAUGGCUAAGGAGGACAGGCCAGCGCAGGCAGAACCUCGGGAGACGGCAGCAUCACCGUUUCACCGUGAGUGCAGCCUGCCCGAGGAGCCCUCCACCUGCAGAUCUGGUUCGCUGCCACCCAUACGCAACAGACCAGAGUCUCCCAGGAGUCCGCCUCCAAGGACCACAGCCCCGCGCCGCAGGCCGCCAACACCCUACCCGUUUCUGCCACGUGACUCUGUCAAACUACUCAGGCAGAGGCAGAUGGCUAAGGAGGACAGGCCAGCGCAGGCAGAACCUCGGGAGACGGCAGCAUCACCGUUUCACCGUGAGUGCAGCCUGCCUGAGGAGCCCUCCACCAGCCGAUCUGGUUUGCUGCCACCCAUACGCAACAGACCAGAGUCUCCCAGGAGUCCGCCUCCAAGGACCACAGCCCCGCGCCGCAGGCCGCCAACACCCUACCCACGCUGAGCAGGGCAUGGGGUGCCCGGGACAGACAGAGCUGCCCCUGAGCCUGCAAAACCCCAUCCGCAUCCUUCCUGGGUGCCAGCUCCCUCUAGAAAAGCAGAGGUAGAGGGACAGUGGGGACUGGGCUGGAUUCAAGAAAGAACAUUCACACUAGAAGCUGCGGAACAAGAUAGAUAAACGGCAUGAGAAAGGAAUGCUGAGAACUAAGGAUGCCUCCAGGAGACAAAAACAUGAGUCAAGCGAGCCACACGAUCGCCACACGAUAACAACCCUGGUUGGAGGAAGAGCGCGUGGCUACGAACAACUCGUGACACCGAUGGAUAAGCGCCUGCAUGCACGCUUAAGGAGUCGACCAGGGGCGACUGUGUGCAAUGAUUUCUUGACCUGGAAAGGGGGGUGGGAAAGUGGGAAAGAGAGAACUUGGGGAUAUUUGAACCUGCAAUAAACAAUUUGGAUCAUUCACACCUGAGUCCGUGCCUUCAGACGCCGCAGGAACUCUCCCAAGACCCCGUGGCCCUGGGUGCAUACGAUGGCUGUAUUUCAUGGAAUCAUCCCAGAAUCAUGGAAUGCCCUGCGUUGAAAAGGACCCCAAAGAUCACGGAAUCAUAGAAUCGCUAAGGUUGGAAAAGACACACAGGAUCAUCCAGUCCAACCAU